UUAAUUUAUGUAACCAACAUGGCCACAGUUAGUAGACGAUUUUUGUUGAAGGUUAUAAAUUUUCGACAGUUUGUGCCAGGAUUGAGAACACAUUACACAGCCAGAUCCAUAUCAACCUCAACAUGUAGACCAUCAAAUGAACAAGGAAGUUCUGGACAAGAGAAUAAACCAAAGAAAAGUGAUCUGAAGAAAGCAAAUACACCAACUGGAAGAUUAGAUGACAGAGUAGUAAUGGAAAGAGAAGAACACAACCCAGCUCCUUACAGCGAGGAAAAAGCUUAUGAUCCAUGGCCAAAUGAUACGAACCCUUAUACAGGAGAGAAAGGGGGACCCAAAGGUCCAGAACCUACUAGAUAUGGUGACUGGGAAAGAAAAGGAAGGUGUAUAGAUUUCUAAAACCAGACUUAUGGAAUGUAAAAGACUUAAAAUUGUUGGAUUGUGACAGUUUCACAAACAGCCUACAUACUAGCUUCAUUUUGAAGGUCUUUUACAAUACAAAAUAUGUGCAUUUGAUAGACGAGGAUAAUUGUAACCUAUUUACUUGAAUGUAUAUAUAUCAAGUUGCAAGCGGAGUUGUGAAUGGCAUUUCAUUGACUAAGCACAGAUCAUGUCGAGCUGCAUGCAAAUAAGUAAGAAAUAUUGGCAAAGUGAGCUUAAGCGCUCAAAUAAAUUUGGUGA